AUGAAUUUGGCCUUCUCUCAACAGCUUCUUCCGUUUGCUCAAUCAUUUAAACGUUUAACAAAAUUAGAAUUAAAAUGUCGUCAAGACAUAAUUAUUUAUCCUGGUACGAGAUUAAUUCACGAUGAAUUUAUUCGUCAUAUUUUUCAGCGAGAUUGUUCAGUGGAAGAAUUUUCGAUCGUUCCCAUUUCUCAGCUAUGUAAUGAUACGAUUGCACUAUUUUCAGCGUGUACUUUAACAAAAUUAGAAGUUCAUUUGACAGCUGGUCGUGAUCUGUUUAUUUUGUUUAGUUAUCUACCACAAAUACAAAUUUUCAAAUGUAGAAUGAGCUAUUUUAUCACAAAAGAAGAUAUGCUAACAUUAACUGUAGACAUACCCUAUCUAAAAGAAUUUGGCUUAGAAAAUACGCAUUAUACCACAGAAUUUACAGCAAUCGCUUCAUUUCUCAGACAACGUUCAUCGCUAGAAAGGUUAUCAUUGUAUAUAAAGUUGCAUCGUGAAUCACAAUGUAUAGAUGGUAAUCGUUUACAUCAAGAACUCCUACAAGACUUAGUUCAUCUCAAAUUAUUCCAGUUUAAUUUUAUCAUUGACCAUUAUCGUCAUGAUCAAUUGUUUAAUAUGACUGAUGUUAUUUCAACAUUUCAGACUGACUUUUGGAUGAAAGAACAUGACUGGAAAGUAAGCAUUUGUCUUAGAACAGAAAAGGUAAAAUCAGGGACCUGACGCACCGCCCGCCAAAUUCAGGUCUCUGGGUUAAAUUGAAAAGACCUAAGUCUAUACUUCAUCCAGUUUUAUACUUUCCAUCUGAAACGUUUGCAUUAUAUAAUACACGAAAUUCUCUUUGAAAUGAGAAGUGCCACAACUCCCUCUCUUUCUACGAGUUUUGCUCGCGAAGUUAUGAACAUUAUGACAUAAAAUAUUCAGGUCAAACACAUUUGAUCGAAUCCAGGACAAUCCAGUGUCAUGUAUGACACAGGAAAUCGUCUAAAACUAUGUCGAAUGUUCAACAAUUUCCAGUAAUAUGAGAAUGGAUUCAAUGAAAUCCGUUGAGUUCCUGUGACAGACUCAACAGGCUCCAAUCUUUAGACUGAUUGAUCUGAGUAACGUUCAAAUGUUAUUCAUAUUUCGUGAUAGUGACAAUGGUUGUUUUAUGAAACAUUGUGUUAAACUCAUAAAUACAAUGCAUUUAUUUUUGCUGUGUCAGAAGAAUCAUCUAAUAUUUCCACACAGCAGUACAAAAAUUCGAUUACUAGAUGAGCCAGCACUGCCGCUGCUUCGAAUCAACCGGCAGUAACAAGAUAGACCAGUUUCUACUAAUUUUUUUUGUCUCAUCACACUUGGACAGUUUUUACUAACCAGAAUGAUCCUCAAGACCCACAAAGGCUAGUUCUUCUUGAUCCAGUUACUAGAAAGGACCACGCCGGAUAAGCAACGAAAUCUGCCACUCUUCCUACACGAAAACGACUCAUAUAUUCCAAUAGAUUACAUGACG